GAGCACACGGCCAUGCAAUCUUCAUAGAUAAACAUUGGCAGUAGAAUGGCCUUACUGAAGAGCUCAUUGACUUUCAACGUGGCACCGAUAUAGGAUCCACCUUUCCAACAAAUCAGUUAGUCAAAUUUCUGCCCUGCUAGAUCUACCCCGGUCAACUAAGUGCUGAUAUUGUGAAAUGGAAACGUGUAGGAGCAACAAUGUCUCAGCCGUGAAGUGUUAUCCCCCACAAGCUCACAAAACUGGACAGCCGAUUGCUGAAGCAUGUAAAAAUGGUCUGUUCUCAGUUGAGACACGCACUACCAAGUUCCAAACUGCCUCUGGAAGCAAGUCAACACAACUGUCGGCCGAGCAGCCCUGCCUAAGAUCACCAUGUGUCGGCUGGAGUGGCGUAAAGCUUGCCACCUUUGGACUGAUGAAUCCUGGCAUCCACCAAACCUAGAUUUGUCCGUUGGACUACCAGAUGGAGAAGUGUGAUUCAUCAAUCCAGAGAAUGUGUUUCCACUGCUCCAGAGUCCAAUGGCGGCGAGCUUUACACCACUCCAGCCGACGCUUGGCAAUAUGCAUGGCGAACUAAGGCUUGUGUGCGACUGCUCCGCUAUGGAAAUCCAUUUCAUAAAGAUCCCGACGAACAGUUCUUGUGCUGACGUUGCUUCCAGAGGCAGUUUGGAACUCUGAGCGUUGCAACCAAGAACAGACCAUUUUUACGCGCUUCAGCAAUCGGUGGUCCCAUUCUGUGAGCUUAUUUGGCCUACCACUUCGCAGCUGAGCCAUUGUUGCUUCUAGACGUUUCCAUUUCUACCACUUAACAGUUGACUGAUGGAACAUCAGCAGGGCAGACAUUUUAUGAACCGAGUUAUUGGAAAGGUGGCAUCCUAUGACGGUGCCACGGUGAAAGUCACUGUGCUCUUGAGCAAGGCCAUUCUAUUGCUCAUGUUUCUCUAUGGAGAUUGCAUGGUUGUGUGCUCGAUUUCAUACGCCUGUCAGUAACGGGUUUGGCUGAAAUAAGCAAAUCCACUAAUUUGAAGGGGUGCCCACAUACUUCUGUGUAUAUAGUGUACUUUUCAUCAUGCAGUGUAUGUAUGUCUAAGGGUAAAACCCUUUUGCUCGGAUUUGACUGUUUUAUCUUCCAUGGCCGUGCCCUGAGAGAGCGACUCCGGUUUGUCCAGUUGCGCAAUCACCAGAUAAACAAACUGAAUCCACUGUGAAGCUGAUAGGGGUGUGUUUAUAUUUUCACAGCAGCUCUCCAAUGAGUUAAAAUUAGCUUGUCUACACUCUUGAAAGCAAAGGUGUUUUCACACAGGAGAGAAGGAUGUAUACCUAUUUGCUUGUCGGUUUGGUAGUUGGUAUUGCAUAUAUUUAUCACAGUGUUGUGGUUAAAGGAAAGAGAUGCAAAAGUAAAGCAAAACUGCAUGGGAAAACGGUCAUCGUAACUGGAAGUAACACAGGCAUAGGGAAGAUGACAGCGCUAGAUCUGGCCAGAAGAGGUGCCAGAGUCAUCCUGGCCUGCCGCAGCAAACGGAGAGCUGAGGCCGCGCUCGCUGACAUCAAGAGGGAGAGCGGGAGCAAUGAGGUGGUGUUCAUGCAGCUGGAUCUGGGGAGUCUGAAGUCUGUUCGCUCCUUUGGUGAAACCUUCUUAAAGACUGAGCCCAGACUCGACCUGCUCAUCAACAAUGCAGGUAUUUACAUGCCAGGCACCACAGAGGACGGCUUGGGGAUGAUGUUUAGUGUCAACCACAUCGGUCCCUUCCUGUUGACCAACCUGCUGUUAGACCGUAUGAAGGAGUGUGGUCCGAGUCGAGUGGUCAACGUGUCAUCCAUCGGUCAUAACUUCGGCACCAUCGACUUCAACUGUUUGAGCACUCACAAGGAGUUAGGAGUUGGAAAUUCUGCCACAGAUGUUUUCAACAUCUACGCCAACAGCAAGCUGUGUAAUGUUCUCUUCACGCAUGAGCUGGCCAAGAGACUGCAGGGCACAAAUGUUACCUGCUAUACCCUUCACCCAGGAGCCAUCAACUCUGAACUAUUUCGCAAUGUCAGCAAGGUGUUCAUGAUUCUGAUGAAGCCUUUCCUCAUGUUCUUCUUCAAGGACACUGUGGCGGGGUCUCAGACCACCCUACACUGUGCCCUGCAGGAGGGCCUGGAGCCCCUCUCUGGAUGCUACUUUUCUAACUGUACAGUCAGGAACCUCUAUGCUAAGGCCAGAGACAACGCAGUGGCCAAGAAGCUAUGGGAAGUCAGUGAGAGUCUGAGUGGCCUAUCCUCUUAAGAAAACCACUGUGAAUCUCCAGUUUUAACUGGGCUUCAACCUACUAACCAAUAUGCUGUGUUCUUUCGAAACCAAUCAAUCAAAUCAAUCAAAUUUUAUUUCUAUAGCCCUUGGUACAUCAGCUGAUAUCUCAAAGUGCUGUACAGAAACCCAGCCUAAAACCCCAAACAGCAAGCAAUGCAGGUGUAGAAGCACGGUGGCUAGGAAAAACUCCCUAGAAAGGCCAAAACCUAGGAAGAAACCUAGAGAGGAACCAGGCUAUGUGGGGUGGCCAGUCCUCUUCUGGCUGUGCCAGGUGGAGAUUAUAACAGAACAUGACCAAGAUGUUCAAAUGUUCAUAAAUGACCAGCAUGGUCAAAUAAUAGUAAGGCAGAACAGUUGAAACUGGAGCAGCAGCACGGCCAGGUGGACUGGGGACAGCAAGGAGUCAUCAUGUCAGGUAGUCCUGGGGCAUGGUCCUAGGGCUCAGGUCAGUUGAAACUGGAGCAGCAGCAUGGCCAGGUGGACUGGGGACAGCAAGGAGCCAUCAUGUCAGGUAGUCCUGGGGCAUGGUCCUAGGGCUCAGGUCCUCCGAGAGAGAGAAAGAAAGGAGAGAAUUAGAGAACGCACACUUAGAUUCACACAGGACACCGAAUAGGACAGGAGAAGUACUCCAGAUAUAACAAACUGACCCUAGCCCCCCGACACAAACUACUGCAGCAUAAAUACUGGAGGCUGAGACAGGAGGGGUCAGGAGACACUGUGGCCCCAUCCGAGGACACCCCGGACAGGGCCAAACAGGAAGGAUAUAACCAAAACAAAUCCGUAAUUCUUUCAGUUUUGCUUUAUAAAAUGUACAUGAAUAGAAAUAUAUGGAUGAAGCGAAGCUCUUGCUUUUUCUUACCUAACAUUGAUUUAUGGGACAUUUAAUUAGAGACGUUGUUAUUUAUAUUCCUUUCAAAACAGUAAAUAAGCCUAAAAUGUUAAGAAAUUUUGUCUUGAUUGUUUGUUUGUUUUUUGUAUUCAUAGCUUUUGCCUAAGUAUCCUCCUAACCAUUUAUCAGCUGAAUUAGAAUUUAAAGAUGGCACUCAUGCCUGCCCUACAGAGAGAGGGAGAGAUGAGCAUGAAAGCUUAUAUAUAUAUAUAUGCCAUUUAGCUGACGCUUUUAUCCAAAGCGACUUACAGUCAUGUGUGCAUACAUUCUACGUAUGGGUGGUCCCGGGAAUCGAACCCACUACCCUGGCGUUACAAGCGCCAUGCUCUACCAACUGAGCCACAGAAGGACCACGCUUCAGCUUCAGUAGAAUAAUCCAAACAAAGCAAAUAAGAAAAGCUAAAAUGCCCCUGUGCUGUCCAAUGGGGUGUGGUUUAAGCUUUCCCGCAACUCAACAGAAAGUAGCUCUUUGCACUGCAGAGUAACCAUGAGAAUAACUUUACGGUAAGGAAUUCUAGACCAUGAGAAUAACUUAUAUAUAUAUAUAUAUAUAUAUAUAUAUAUAUAUGCCAACUUUAUGGUAAGGAAUUCCAGAGGGUGUGUGCUAUGGGUUCUUUUUACUGAGUGCUACACAGGAUCUGAAAGCUCAAUGGCUGCCUUUCUUCUUGUUGCUGGAGUGGUAUUGGUGGCCUAUAUGAUUUUUCAUAACGUCUUUGUCAAAGGGGCAAUAUGCAAAAGCAAUGUGAAACAGCAUGAGAACUCAUAACAAGUGUCUGUUUUUGUCAAUGCUUCCUGUAUUUCCCCACAUUGACACAGGAGGAAAGUUCAUGGCACUGUUAUGUAAUAAUGUAGAGUAGAUGUCAUUUUCUUUCCCUGUACAUCAUUUCAUGUAUAUAGCAUUCUUAAAUUCGUUUGUCUUUGUAUAUUAUUUCAUUGGGGAUUUUUGAAUGAUUUCCCUGGUUGUAAAACUCAACGAACACUCUGCUGCAGGUUGUAGGGGAGACUGGGGGCAAUUGUAAGAGGUGUUUGUAACAAUUAGAACUUCUCCAAACAGAAACAAGUUAGAGUACAGUACAUGCCCAUUUUGGUUAUCUUCCUGGUUGAAGAGUUUCAGACAUAUUGCACUGUAUUUUCUUGUACUGUCUGAGCCUUAAUAUUCAAGAACUCAAGCAUAAUUUUCAUCACGAUCUGUUAGUUCAACAUUGACAUUGUUGUCUCUUGCUAGGCACAUGAGGUUUUGUGUCAUGGCUGCUGGGUUGGGGGCAAUUGUAACACAGUGGUAAAAUGAACCCGAGCCAAAUGAUGAAAAAAAAUAAGUGGUUUUAACUUAAGAUUUUUAUGAAUUAUACAAAACUAACAUUAAAUAUCCUUGGUGUCCUGUAGAUUGCCAAAUAAGUUGUCAACAGAUAUCAUUUGGGCACUAUCAGACUAUUCAGAUGUUUUGAGAGGAGCUGGAUGGCCAUUCACAAAUGGGUGUUACUGUAAAUAUUGGUUGGGUACUUAGACAUAAUUUGGUAGCAAAAUCAUUACUUAUGUCUAUGAUAAUGUGAUAAUUCAAACAGAAGUAUUUGAAGUUUAAUUGAUUUGGUUUAUUUUUUAGGUGUUACAUUUGACCCUGGCACUGGUGGCAAAUGUAACGUCCAGACUGGAUUAAAGUCAGUAUUGUAACCUGACUGUUUUAUGUACUGACCUAUGAAUGAUUAGGAGACUGUAAAAAAAAAUGACUGGCAAAGUUCAAGUGGUCUAUAUAUAGAGUAAAAUAUAUAUUUGUACAUUUGCCUCUGAUCUCCCCUACUUUGCAUUGAUCCUAUAAAUACUAAUUCUCUAGGGAGUAACACAAGCAUAGGGAAGAUGACAGCGCUAGAUCUGCCCAGGAGAGGUGGCAGGGUCAUCCUGGCCAGCCGCAGCAAACGGAGAGCUGAGACCGCUCUCGCUGACAUCAAGAGAAUGAGAUGUUCAACAAUCUGACUUUCUUCACAUUAGCACAUUUUAUUACAUCACAACCCUCGUGCGGUGGCAGUCAUAAGUUGAAGUGAAAUGAGGAGUUUUGGAAAAUGAUAAUUCUAUGAAUGGUUCGGCAUCAAUUGUUCAAUUAAAUUGGGACAGAGUAACAAACAAAUGCCUGUGUCCUGUAGGAGAGUGGGAACAAUGAGGUGGUAUUCAUGCAGCUGGACCUGGGGAGUCAAGUCUAUUCGCUCCUUUGCUGAAAUCGUCUUGAGACGACCCAGAUUGCGCCUGCUCAUCAACAAUGCAGGUGAAGGAGGACUGAGGAGGUAUUUACAUUCAGGGCAACACAAGACUGCUUGGGGAUGAUGUUUGGUGUUAACCACAUCGGUCAUUUCCUGUUGACCAACCUGCUUCAGGACAGUCUGAAGGAGUGCAGUCCGAGUCGAGUGGUUAAUGUGGCGUCCCUGGUAUUUAAACUGCUCGAGCACUUAGGGAGUAGGCAAGUCUGCCAUGGAUGUCUUUAACAUCUACAGCAACAGCAAGCUGUGUAAUGUUCUCUUCACCCAUUGGCCAAGAGACUGAAGGACACAAAUGUUACCUACUUCAGCCUCCACCCUGGUCAGUGCUGCUUAGUCAGGUUUAUAAAGCUUUUGAAUGUAAUGGUAUCUGCAGUUUUCAAGUUAUUUCUACCUUGGUUGAAUGUAAAGUAGAAUAAAAUGCCUAAUGAUCCAGUCCAAGCUCACCUCUGUCCUGGCACCCCAAUGGUGGAACAAGUUUCCCCUUAAUAUCAGGACAGUGUAGUCCCUGACCAUCUUCCGACAAUGUCUGAAAACCUACCUCUUUAAAGAGCAUCUUAAAUAAAUCCCACAACCAUAUGUUGUCUCACCUAGCUAUCUUAAGAUGAAUACACCAAUGUAAGUCGGUCUGGAUAAGAGCGUCUAAAUGACUAAUAUAGAUUUAAAUAUAUGUUUUAUGAAUGGAUAACUCAACUCUAGUGCUUGUGUUUUUUUUCUCCUGGGUUUAAUCUAACCUGAGCUGUGCUGUUAUGCAGACACUGUAUUGUUAAUGCAGUUGAAGGUCAUCUCCAUGUUGUUCUUCACGAACACUAUGUUGGGGUGUCAGACCGACCUGGAUGAAUGAAGACAGCUUGUCUGUUGAAACAUUGUUUAUUAGGUUAUUAAAUGAUUGCAUCUGA